AUGUCUUUUACGCGAAUCUCAACGCUCUGCCGUUCAGCAGCCAAAAAAACGAUCGCUACGUAUCGGGUUGAAUUUUCCUUUGCACACAAUUCAUAUUCAUCAAAGCUUCCCUAUUCAUUUUCACCUUUAUGCCACAAACGAAACUCCAGUACAACGACGUCGUCGCCAGUUCAAGAUAAAUUAAUCAUUUUUGAUACAACUCUUCGGGAUGGAGAACAGUCACCUGGUGUCACACUCACGGUUGAUGAAAAAGUCGAAAUUGCUCGGCACCUAUCUAAUUUGGGUGUUGAUAUAGUUGAAGCCGGUUUUCCAAUAGCAUCUCAAGGGGAUUUUGAAGCAGUUGCACGCAUCGCUAAAGAAAUCGGUCCAUUGAUGACUGGUCGAGAAAAGAUCGGCAAACCUAUGAGAAUCGCGGGUCUUUCACGCGCAACCGAAAAAGACAUAAAACGCUGUUACGAAGCUGUUUCACAAGCACCAUUGCAUCGAAUUCACACAUUUCUGGCAACGUCCGACAUCCAUCUUAAAUAUAAACUUCAAAUAAGUCGCGAAGAAUGUAUCAAACGAGCGGCAAAAGCAGUCGCAUAUGCCAAAAGUCUAUGCGAGGAUGUUGAAUUUAGUACAGAAGAUUCGGGCCGAAGUGAUCGGGACUUUUUAUGCUUGAUUCUUGGAGAGGUCAUCAAAGCUGGGGCGACUACCUUGAAUAUUCCGGAUACGGUUGGGUAUACCACUCCAGAAGAGUAUGGCGCGUUGAUAAAAUAUUUGGUUGAAAAUACACCUGGAAGCGAUAAGGUUAUAUGGUCGACCCAUUGUCAUAAUGAUUUGGGUCUUGCGACUGCUAAUACUUUAUCUGGUAUUACUAAUGGUGCUAGACAAGUUGAAGUAACAAUUAAUGGUAUAGGCGAACGAGCUGGUAACACUUCACUUGAGGAAGUUGUCAUGGCGAUUCAAACCCACCCGAAAUUCUAUCCAGUCUAUCACACAAUCAACACGCCUCUUAUCUAUCGAACUUCGACUCUGGUCUCUUCUCUGUCAGGGAUGCCAGUACAACCCAACAAAGCUAUCGUAGGAACAAACGCAUUCCUCCACGAAUCCGGAAUCCAUCAAGAUGGUGUACUGAAACACAAGCAAACCUAUGAAAUUAUACGUCCAGAAGAUGUUGGCAUCUUCAAUGUAAAUAUCGUGCUUGGGAAACUUUCAGGUCGUAACGCUUUUCGGUCUCGUCUCGUCGACCUUGGCUAUGGCAAUCUAAAUGAUAAUGAAUUCCAACAAGCAUUUGAGAGCUUUAAAACGUUGGCAGACUCUAAGAAACGUAUUACAGAUCACGAUAUCUUGGCUCUUAUUUCAGAUCAAGUAUCCAAAGGAUCAACACCAGAAUCUCAACGAUUCAAAAUACAAUCGCUUCAAGUGGUUUCUGGCGUUCACGAUAUGUCAACAGCAACGGUAAAACUAUUUGAUGCGUUGAAGAGUAAAGAAUUAAUAGAUGCUGCGAUAGGAAAAUCUGGCCCAAUCAUGGCAGUUUUUGGUGCAAUCCAACGUUUGGUGCAACGAAAAAUUCGUUUGCUGCAGUAUGAUGUGCGUGCAGUCUCGGAGGGAAUGGACGCUUUGGGUAAAGUUUCUCUGAAAAUCACCGAGGAUACAGAUACAUCAGGCAUAGAAACAGAAUUUCUCGGAGGAGGACAUACUAUUGACGGAGAAGUAAAACCUAAGACCGACUCAAAAGGUCAACCGAAAUUGACAAAGAGUACAUAUAGUGGACAUGGGACUGAUGUGGAUAUAGUUUCGGCCAGUGCAAAGGCUUAUGUUAAUGCAAUUAAUAGAUUGUAUGAGGAAGAAAUCAAAGAAAUGUCGGGUAUGCGGAGAAGUCUUCCCGAAGAAAGACUAGCUAAUAUUUAA